GGUGACUGCAGCUCCUUCUUGAGAGCUUCGGUUUUUCGUUUUUUUUUUUUUUUGUCUUCUCUACCUUCGUUCGUCCAGCUGUCUUUCAAUUUGCUUUGUCCAUACGUUCUCCAGAGUCACGGCUGCUUAGCUUGACCCUAGGAAAACUGACUUUACAGAUGACGUGUUUAAGUCACGCCUGCCAAGAAGUAUGAUCUGAAUGAACUCAUACAAGCUUUUAAAUGUAUUUAACCUAAGUUAUCAGAUGUCUACCACUAUUUGUAACCUAACGGGUUCAUGACACCAGAGGGGAGGAAUAAGAUGUGACAACCUCAAAUGGUCUAAGAUUCCAUUACUGUAUAAUUAUACGUAUGAAAUCAUUCACAUGCUGGCAGCCCCUAAGGGAGCAAAAACCAGGGACUUUGCCACCAUGCAGCAGAUGACUAAAGUAUUUCUCCGAGCUUUGAAGUAUAGUAUUCCUCAUCUGGGGAAGUGCAUGCAGAAACAGAAUUACUGUAACGUCGCUGAUCCUUGUUACAAUAGAAUAAGAUUGAAAAAGUGUCACCUAGCCAAGUGUCUGCAGAAUAAACCCAAGAUAUCAGAAUUAGCAAGAUUCAUCCCAAGUCGGAACUUCUCAUGUAAGGAUCUUCUGCCUGUUAAGCCAGAAAGUGAAAAGUCCAUUUCUGAAAACAUGGAUGCGUUUGAAAAAGUGAGAGCAAGACUAGAAACACAGCCACAGGAAGAAUACGAAAUUGUCAAUGCAGAGAUUAAACAUGGCAGUUUUGUGUAUUAUCAAGAAGGUUGCUGCUUGGUUCGUUCCAAAGAUGAAGAAGCUGACAGUGAUAAUUAUGAAGUUUUAUUCAACCUGGAAGAACUUAAGUUGGACCAGCCCUUCAUCGAUUGUAUCAGAGUUGCUCCUGAUGAGAAAUACGUGGCUGCCAAGAUAAGGACUGAGGAUUCUGAGGCAUCCACCUGCAUAGUUGUGAGGCUCAGCGACCAGCCUGCGAUGGAAGCAUCUUUCCCAAACGUGUCCAGCUUUGAAUGGGUGAAGGAUGAAGAAGAUGAAGAUGUCUUAUUCUACACCUUCCAGAGGAACCUUCGCUGCCAUGAUGUGUAUCGAGCCACAUUUGGUGACAACAAGCGCAAUGAACGAUUCUACACAGAGAAAGACCCCAGCUUUUUUGUUUUUCUCUAUCUUACAAAAGACAGUCGUUUCCUCACUCUGAAUAUUAUGAACAAGACGACUUCUGAGGUGUGGUUGAUAGAUGGCCUGAGCCCUUGGGACCCACCGGUACUUAUUCAGAAGAGAAUCCACGGCAUGCUGUACUAUGUUGAGCACCGAGAUGAUGAGUUAUACAUCCUGACUAAUGUUGGAGAACCUACAGAAUUCAAGCUGAUGCGGACAGCAGCUGACACCCCUGCUAUUAUGAAUUGGGAUCUAUUUUUCACAAUGAAGAGAAAUACCAAGGUUGUAGACUUGGACAUGUUUAAGGACCACUGUGUUCUGUUCCUGAAACACAGCAAUCUCCUCUAUGUUAAUGUGAUUGGUCUGGCUGAUGACUCAGUGCGCUCUCUAAAGCUCCCUCCUUGGGCCUGUGGAUUCAUAAUGGAUACAAAUUCUGACCCAAAGAACUGCCCCUUUCAGCUUUGUUCUCCGAUAAGACCCCCAAAAUAUUACACAUAUAAAUUUGCAGAAGGCAAACUGUUUGAGGAAACUGGUCACGAAGAUCCGAUUACAAAGACCAGCCGUGUUUUACGCAUAGAAGCCAAAAGCAAGGAUGGAAAGUUAGUGCCCAUGACAGUUUUUCACAAAACAGAUUCUGAGGACUUGCAGAGGAAGCCUCUCUUGGUGCAUGUAUAUGGAGCAUACGGAAUGGAUCUGAAGAUGAAUUUCAGGCCUGAAAGGCGGGUCUUGGUGGACGAUGGAUGGAUCUUAGCAUAUUGCCAUGUUAGGGGUGGUGGUGAGCUGGGCCUCCAGUGGCAUGCCGAUGGCCGUCUAACUAAAAAGCUCAAUGGCCUUGCUGACUUAGUGGCUUGCAUUAAGACGCUUCAUAGCCAGGGCUUUUCUCAGCCGAGCCUAACAACGCUGAGUGCCUUCAGUGCUGGAGGCGUGCUUGCAGGGGCCCUGUGUAAUUCUAAGCCGGCGCUCCUGAGAGCUGUGACCCUGGAGGCACCUUUCUUGGAUGUCCUCAACUCCAUGAUGGACACCACACUCCCUCUGACACUGGAAGAGUUGGAAGAGUGGGGGAACCCUUCCUCUGACGAGAAACACAGGAACUACAUCAAACGCUACUGUCCCUGCCAGAACAUCAAGCCUCAGCAUUACCCUUCAAUUCACAUCACAGCUUAUGAAAACGAUGAGCGAGUGCCACUGAAAGGAAUCAUAAACUACACAGGGAAACUCAAGGAAGCUGUCGCAGAGCACACCAAGGGAGCUGGGGAAGGCUAUCAGCCCCCCAGCAUUGUUUUAGAUAUUCAGCCUGGAGGGAAUCAUGUGAUUGAGGACUCUCACAAAAAGAUCACAACCCAGAUGAAAUUCCUGUAUGAGGAACUUGGACUUGACAGUACUAAUGCUUUCGAGGCUCUGAAGAAAUACUUAAAAUUCUGAAAUGCUGCAUUCAGCUGGGGACUGGGAAUGCGUGGAAAUAAUAAUUAGGCUUAUUUCCAGUUGGUUUAGCAAAAGUGAGAUUUUUUUUAAGUUAUAUAAUUUUUUAAAAGUUGUUUCUUUGUGUAAUUGUGCUUAAUGUAUCCCUUGCUCAUUCCAGCCGCACACGCCCCUUGGCCUGGGAGUCAUUUCCAGCCAUGCUCCUCAGUAGAACAUAAGGAAGGGAGCCAGAAGGACUGGGCAGGAGAAGGCCAGGUCUCCCAAUCAGUCUUUUAACAGAAUUUUCUUUUAAUAGAAUUUUACAAUUCAAUAUCCUUCCUCUUUGCUAGUGAAUAUUUUUAGGCACUGUGGCUGUGAGUCACCUAAAAUGUCUACAACUCCACUUUAAAGAAAAGCAUAGCAUUCUUCAUAUUUAAAUGCUUUAGUAUUCUGGCAUAAUCUUUUAAACACUUUAUUGUUCUUUCAAAUAUUUAAGAAUCUUACCUAAAACAGUACAUUUGUACUACAGAAAUAUCUGAGAAUUGAUGCCAUUCAUGAGGCCCCGUGCAUACGUGAUGUCAAAACAUUGCAUGUAGGGUGGCCAUCCCUUAGGGAGCUUCCUAACACAAGCUAUACAGAAUGUCCAAUACACUGGAGUAGCAUGCACGACUAGAAACAAAACAUUUGUCUCUGAAAGCUGCCUGGUGAUGGAGGAGCAUCUUCAUACUGUGCUCCAAGAUGAGCCCCUCUCCCUUCUCUAGAGAGACGGCAUGUGUGUCAACAUCACUGCCUUUGGAAGCUGAGUUGGUACUUAAUCGUACUCUCAGUUUUGUAGGAAGAUCUGAAAUGAUUUCCUGUAGAUUUAGUACAGUUGAUAAUUCUCCAAAAUUCAGAACCACAAGGAAGACUUUAUCUAUGCCAUCCAGCUCUCGUGUGUACACAACAGAGUGACUGUUGUCCCUCAGCAGACAAAACCAGCCCCUGCUGAGAAGCAGCUCUCUGGCAUGGAGUAGACUCAAAUCCUGAUAGAGCCUCAGGGCCGAGCUCGGCUGGCUCUUUUGGACCUGUUUUUCAAAAAGAAUAUUCACAUAAAUGUUUUACUUUAAGAAUUAUCCUCACCCCCACCCCCAGAAAAACCUUGCUUCUAUCUGCCCUUUAAAUGCCCAAAUAAGUAAGUAACUGCCCAAUCAUAAAGCAUUUAUAAAUAGUUUGUCCUAAAGUCAUAGGAAUUACAAAUUGCAGUUUUCUGCGUGUCUGAGAAUCAUUUCAGUAUGCACUGUGCUCCCACGUCUUAGAGCUACCAUCACAGGACCUGGCUCUCAUCUGUAAGGUGACCUGAAGGGCACUGUUGUGCAGAGGUCUUGGGGCCCAGCAAACGUGGAUUUUCAGAUACUGCAGAGCCUGAGGUGCAAGUUAGCAAAUCUACAUUUGCUUUCUUCCUGCCGGGCCAUAAAAGAUAAUUUUGUCCACUGAAGACGUGGACUUAUUUUACAGCUACACAAACCGACCUGACGUAUGCUGCUCUUUCUUUUUCUCAUAAGCACUUUCUGUUACCUUGUCCCCUAGGUGUCAUUGUCCAGCACAUAACACUCUGUGACCGGGGUCACCUUCCUUCUGUUCCCUCCCGUGUAAGCAUUCACCUGUCUAGUAUGCUUGUACAUUGUCAUUCCCGUCCUCCCUUUUACAUUAUUUAUUUAAGAUAGAUUAUCAGACAGAUAAUUCCUGUGUCAAAGGUAUGCACAUUCAAUACAUAAUGCCAAAUUAUUCAUAGCUGUUGCCAAAUCAACAGUCUGUCUUUUGGGCGGGGCAGUUGUCGCCAUUUUAUUGUGAUUCUUUUCCAGUAGAUGCUUAGUAGAUUCUUUUCUGGUAGAUGCUUAGUGUCUUGUACUUAGUGACUGUCUCGUGGAUGUUUAAAGAUGUUCUUUCUGUUAUCAGGCCCCAAGUGCUCCUGGUCCAUGUGUGUGACCGUCUGUUGUUGCCCACUCUCAGUAGCCUAGCUAAUGCAUGAGGAACAGCUUAGUGCUGCUUGCACAAGGGCCUGGGACGCUGUUCUUUUCAUCUCCGCUCAUGUGAACUCUUUCUCUUUGCAUUUCUCAAAGUACUUGUUGGAUCUAUCUAGAAGCAUCAGUGAACAUGCAGAAAGAUUUGUGGGGUUUGGUGGACUCCUCAAUGCUUUUCACUGUUUGAAAACUGCAUUUCUCUCAUACGCUGCUUUCGUAUUGAAUUCUAUUUUGUCUGCUAUUAAAUAUUUCCAAGCCUA